AUGCCCAAGCCAAUUCUCGCAACACACUCACAGCCCAUCGACUGGCACAGCGUCAAUCCGGCUCCUAGCCCCUUCCCACGUCCCGCUGGCGCGUCACCAAAGCAGCCGCCAGAGACUGCUCCUCCCAGUCAACCUCCUCCACCAUAUGAGUCCCUGGGCCAAAGCCCUCCACCCUUCAAAGGCUUCGCUGCUGCUGUAAACCCAGAUGCAGGUCCUUCAAGUGUGUCACACCCGCCACCGGACUUCAGGUCUCUCUGCACUGCGAUUCGGGGACCAGGGUGGACACCUUCAACCGCACAGCAGAUCCCACAGACCCAACCUCCGCCUCCCAUCUUCCAAUUCGCCACCUCACAGACUCCAUCUCUCUGGCCGUAUGCGCAACCUGAUUCUGUCGACAUCUUUGGACCAACCACGUCAUGCCUGAUGCCGACCGUCGCGUCGGUCGACCCACGCGUCGCCCUGAUGCUCCCGCGCGUCUCCCAGGCGCUCUUCAAGCUCGGGAUUGCCCUCGUCCUACGCCGGCGGCAGGCGACGCAGGCCAUAUGCGUGUCGCCCUUCUCCGUGGGCUACGCCCUCGCGCUCCUUGUUGGCGGCGCCGACGACACCGUGUUUGCCGCGUACACCACGCAGCUCGGCGCCGACAUGGCGACGCGCGACACGUUUGCACACACGUUCAAGGCGCUCAAGGCCAUCGUGGACGCGAGUGGCAGACUGGCCUCGGGCAACAGUGUAGUCGCUACCAAGGGUGUCCCGCUGAACCCUUCCUUCCGAGCACAUGUGGAGCUCCUCGAGGCUGGCAUUGACCAAGAGCACGGCGAGCCAUCUGGGGUUGAGAAGGCCGUGGACGACUUUAUCGCCUCGGUCGCGCCGAGCGCGGGCAGGCCGCUGCAGGGGACCAAAGAUGUGCCUGGAGGAGACGUGUCGCAGUCGACCCACGCGUUGUCCCCCUUGGUUCCCGUCCUGUACAUUGUCAACGUCCUCUCGUUCAAGGUCCAGUGGGCGGACGCAUGGGAGUGGCGGCACACAAAGAGCCACUACCGGUUCCAGACGGGCGCAUCGUCCACGCGCACAGUGGACAUGAUGAUGAAGUGGGAGAAAGAAGUCGACACGUUUGACACGGACGACUACACUGCAGUCCGGCUGCACUUCAAGGACGGGUUUGACUUUAUCGCGUGGAAGCCAAAGCCCGGCUCUGCCCGUGACGUCGAGAGCACGCUGGGUGCCAUUGCGCGCGACGGCGUCCCGCAGAACGGGCAAUGGACGCACGAAAAGCUCCAGCAACUGGGCCUGCCCAAGGCAGACAUCAAGUACAAGGCGCUGAUCCAGAACGACGUUGCGGCCCUCGGGUUCCAGCGCGACCGCAUGCCGUAUGUCUGGGACGCGCCGUACGUGCCCGGCGCCAUCGUCCACCAGACCACCCUCAAGUGGGACGAGGAGGGCGCAGAGGGCACGGCUGUGACCAUUGUGGCGACGUUUGGCGCCGCGCCGGGCCCGCCGCCUGCAUUGCGGACCAUCGUCUUUGACGAACCGUUCGUGUAUGCCAUUGUUAACAGGCAUGCCAGCGCCAACCUCCCCAUCAUGACUGGCGUGUUUACUUAG